GUUUAGUGUUGAACAGUCACCGAACGGAGUGAGACGUACUAAUAUAAUGCCUGGAGUGCACGCCGCUUUUGCCAACGCUGGGCAGAAGGCUGGGUUAGAAAUAUGGAGGGUUGAGGACUUCGAGCCCGUUCCAGUGCCUCCUCAUCAGUACGGUAACUUCUACAGCGGAGACUCCUAUAUUGUUUUAAAGACUGUAGGCACAUCCACUUUCUCCUGGGACAUACACUUUUGGCUUGGUUCAAAGACCAGCCAAGAUGAAGCCGGCACGGCUGCCAUAUUGUCCGUGAACCUCGAUGAUGGGCAAUUCAACGGGAACGCCGUACAGCACAGAGAGACACAGGGCUACGAGUCCAAACAGUUCUUGGGGUAUUUUGAACCAGCUAUUCGUUACCUCGACGGCGGACACGCGUCUGGUUUCAACCACGUGACUGUGAACGCGGGCGCGGAGAAGAGACUGUUCCAGAUCAAGGGCAAACGCAAUGUCAGAGUGAGACAGGUGGAAGUGUCAGUGACGUCAUUGAACAAGGGCGACUGUUUCAUUCUGGACGUGGACCAUGACAUCAUGGUGUACGUGGGAGAGAAGGCCAAGAGCGUGGAGAGGCUGAAGGCCAUCACCGUGGCCAACCAGAUACGAGACCAGGACCACGCUGGACGCGGCAAUAUUGAAAUUAUUGAUCCGUACUCACACGAAGGAGAUGUGGGGAAAUUCUUCGAAGCUCUCGGAUCUGGUGAUCAGGACUCCGUGGCAGAGGCGGAGGAGGGAGGCGACGAUGAGGACUUCGAACGCGGCGCCACUAAAGAGGUGUCUCUCAGCGAAGUGUCUGACAGCUCUGGUUCGUUGCAGAUCAAGAAACUAUCUGGACCGUUCACGCAAGAACAGCUGGACACUAAGGAAUGCUAUAUUUUGGACACCGGUAGCAGCAUUUACGUUUGGAUCGGAAAAGAGGCUAAUGGAAAGGAAAAAUCUGAAGCUAUGAAGAAGGCCCAACACUACCUUGAAAUCAACAACUACCCAGCUUGGGUGCACAUUUCCAAAGUUGUGGAAGGAGCGGAACCGACUGCAUUUAAACAACACUUUCAAGACUGGAUCUAAUUGACGGCGAUUUAUUUUUAAUAAUGACAUUUUAAUUAUUAUUUUUUUCACGUUAUUAAUUUUAAGAUUUUUAUGUUUAUUUUUUAUUAAUUGUACUGGUGUACGUUUGUCAUGCACAAAAUAAAUGUUAACUUAUAG